AUGGAACACUUCCGGCAUACCGCUGACAUCGGAACCCACUCCUUAAGCUACGCGUUGCGAGGCCUUCCUCGGCAUCCCGGCGCUCCACUAGUGGUGGUACUCACCGGGAUAACGAGCAGCGCACUAGAAUGGAGCGCGGUGUCUCGCCAUCUCGAGCACGAGGCAUCCAUGCUCCUAUACGAACGGACCGGCUACGGUCAGAGCGAAGCGUGCUUAACGGUGGAGCCAGACUCUUUGACCAUUGUUGACGAGCUAUCUAGGCUGCUGAUCGCUGCGGCACUCCCACCACCGUACCUAGUGGUUGGCCAUUCCUGGGGCGGGAUCCUCGCGCGGGAGUUCCUGGCCGCGCGCGGGCCCGAAGCGAUCUGCGGGAUCGUGCUGGUGGAUGCCGUGCAGGAACGGAUGCUCUUCGAGACAUGGCCCGAUCCCAACAUCACCGCCGCCACGGCGGGGCUGGACUACAUGGAGGUCGUGGGGCUGCACCGUGAUCACGGGCUGACUGAGUCCGAGUGGGCGGAGCUGAUGGCCGAGGAAGCCAGCCCUCAUCACGCACGCCAGGCCGUCCGGGAGCUGCCCUAUUUGCAGAUCAGCCGCGGCGUCUUAGCCCAGAAGCAGCAACUUCGCCCCGGUCGGGAUUUGUUGCACGGUAAGCCGCUCAGUGUGCUCCGUGGCAAUUCUCUCCGGGACCAGGAGCGGAUGUACCAUCGGGGCGUGGCCCUGGGGUUGGGAACUAACGCCCAGCGAGCGACCUUUCGCGACUAUCUAGCCCAAUGGGACCACGGCGAGGAGGCUUUUCAACGUGAGCUCCUGAAUCUGUCGACCACCGCGCGCUUUUCCACAACAUCCCAGAGUGGCCAUAAUAUUCAGAUCACCGAGCCUGAACGAGUCGCCGAUGAAAUUCGCUGGGUCCUACGGCGGAUUUCAUCUGUUGCCUUUCAUCCAUCACCAUCGCCAUCUUAG